AUGUCUUCGGAAUUCCCGUUAUUCAGACUCCCAUUGAUAGUACUAAAUCAUGGGCUUAAAUUGAUGACUCCAUUCGAAAUAUUAUCUCUGUCACUAUGCAGUAAACGGUGUAAAACAGUAUGUCAGUCACUUCGAAACCAACUGAAAUGUAAAGAGAAAGCAGUGAAAUUUCAAUUGAAAUUUUCAAAAAAGAGAGAAAUACAAUUGGAAUUCAAUUAUUAUCCAAAUACUCGAUGGAUUUUCGAAUUGGAACAAUUUAUGGCUAUAAAAGGAAAUCGAGAAACAAUUAUUGAUAAGUUAUACUUGAUUUUUCAAAGAAAGAAUUCGGAUAGACAUGAGUUGUCGGAAACAACAUACGGGGUUCAUAUACCCAAUUGGAUUCCAAUUGAAAGGUCUCUGGAGGAUAUUAGAGACCACAUCGCUGGGGAGGAGAAACUUCUGAAGUUUUACGUACCCAUGGAAGAUGGUUGUUUCGGUUUCCGCACGUUCAUCAAUCAUCUAUCCUACAUUUUCAAUAUAACACUGACUGAUCUGGAACUUCACUUUCAAGAUUUCACACGAGAAGAAAACGAAAUAAUAAUCGAUUCAUAUUGUGGGAAUAAGAGUGACAGGAAUUGUGCGAAAAAGUUGACACUGGUUGGAGAAUCAGAGAACACUCCAGAAGAUGAUGAAGUAGUUAAUUAUAUUCUGAGUCGACAGGAGGCAAAAUCUGAUUUGACAAUCGACAUACUGUCUUCUAAAUUUCGUUUAAAAAAAAAUCAACUCAUUCCAAACCAAUUAGUCAUUCGAAAUCCUAAAUGGGUUACUUCCGUUGACAUUGAAUAUUUCAACUCAUUCUCUGUAUUCAUUUUUAUGCACCAUCACCUGACAUGGUGGUGGUAUGUGGAAAAUUUGAUUGAAAGAUGGUAUUCCGGAUGGACGCCAAAAUGGACAGUAAUGAUGAUUGAGUUUCGAUUCAUAAAUAUAGACGAUAUCAUAAACAAAAUUAGAGUAAGAAUUCCGGAUUCCGACCUGCUCAGAUCUGAAGAAACAAUUGAGGGACCAGAUGGUCUAUCACACAGAAUAAAGUAUUCUAUUCAUGGUAACGAUGGAACAAUUGGAGAGUUUCUCGUAGAAAACAAUAAAUAUCUAUAUAUCAAAAUGAGAGAUAACACAGAACUUUCACUCACCACAUUCAUCACGAUGACCAAAGAAAUGAUGUGA